GCUCUGUGAAAAACCAACCUCUUUCCUGUUCUCCUCAGCAAAGUUAAAGGGAAGUGAAAGCUUGCUGGUGCAGCACUUUUUUUCUGUCUGAGUAUGUACACCAGAUAGAAGGCACGUAAAGCGAGGUGAGGCAAGGCGAUCGGCAGCAUCAACCAGAACCGUUCGAUCAUCAGCUGUCUUCAGCUUCAGAGUCCACCAUGGCUCCUGAUGAGUUUCCUGGCGGGACAGUGGUGGCCUGUGUGAUCCUGGGCCUGUCGUUCCUGGUGGGGGUCCCGGGGAACCUGCUGGUGAUCUGGACCAUCCUGAGGCACGUCCAGCAGCGCUCCCACACCGUGGUGCUCAUCCUCCACCUGGCUGCUGCAGACCUGCUGGUGCUCAUCACCCUGCCCCUGUGGAUCUACUCCUUGGCCCGCUCCUGGGUGUUCGGGGAGGCAUCCUGUAAGGCCAUGGUGUACAUCAUCAACACCUGCAUGUACAGCAGCGUCUUCCUCAUCACCCUCAUGAGCGUCGAGCGCUUUGUCGCUGUCCGACACCCCUUUGCCUCAGCCGGCUGGAGGAGGAAGAAGGCCUUGAAUAAAGUUCUUCUUGUUCUGUGGGCUGCUGCGUUCCUAUUCAGCACCCCGGUCUUUCCCACCCAGGUGGUGGAGGGGGACCCUGGGGAGGAGCAUUGCCUGUACAGGGACUACACCUCAGACGGCCAGGAGGCAGUGUGUGUUCUACUGGAGACGCUGGUGGGCUUUGCUGUCCCCUUUUGCAUUCUUGUGGUCUGCUACAGCUGUCUCUACAGCCGCAUCGCACAGAUUACCUUUAAGUCCAAGCGCAAGUCCAUGGGGUUGAUUGCAAGCAUGGUAGUGGUGUUCGCAUUAUGCUGGACCCCUCACCACGUCGGCAACGUGCUCUCCCUCGUCAUCCUCACCAUCAAGGGGUCCCACCGAGAGGCCGCAGCGCGUAUAGAGAGCGUCAGAACCACCAUGACUUUCAUUGCUGGAGCGCUCGUGUUCAUCAGUAGCUCGGUCAACCCUUUGCUCUAUGUGUUUGUGGCGCGUACGUUCCGGAGUUCCCUGAGGGAGACAGGCAUUCAGAAAUUGUUCUGGCACAUCUCAAGCACAGCUCCCGGAGAGGGGACUAAAGAACUGUUCUUUGUGACCAAGAGACCAAGCAUCUCUCAGACACAGAGCCACAGCUCGCAGUGUGUCACAGAGCCUAAGGAACAAAUGGAUGUACUUGUAAAUAUAUGUGAAAAUGUUUCUUCCUGAGAUUGAAAAUGAUGUUUAUCACAUGUUUUUGAUAAAGUUUGAUUUGUCACAUUGUUUCUAUAUGUUAAUUAACUUAAAAUGUAGAAUAGCAAUUGUUAGUAAUGUCUAUGUCAAACAUGAUGCAUAUAAAAACAUUAAAAUAGGUUCUGUAUAUCAUUUUACCUAUAGUGAAUUUGAAUUAACAUUUGAACAUAUACACAUUUUUCUAUGUAGGUCCCACUGUGUUAGACACAUUUUUCUAUGUAGGUCCCUCUGUGUUAGACACAUUGUUCUAUGUAGGUCCCACUGUGUUAGACACAUUUUUCUAUGUAGGUCCCACUGUGUUAGACACAUUUUUCUAUGUAGGUCCCACUGUGUUAGACACAUUUUUCUAUGUAGGCCCCACUGUGUUAGACACAUUUUUCUAUGUAGGCCCCACUGUGUUAGACACAUUUUUCUAUGUAGGCCCCACUGUGUUAGACACAUUUUUCUAUGUAGGCCCCACUGUGUUAGACACAUUUUUCUAUGUAGGCCCCACUGUGUUAGAUACAUUUUUCUAUGUAGGUCCCACUGUGUUAGACACAUUUUUCUAUGUAGGCCCCACUGUGUUAGACACAUUUUUCUAUGUAGGCCCCACUGUGUUAGACACAUUUUUCUAUGUAGGCCCCACUGUGUUAGACACAUUUUUCUAUGUAGGCCCCACUGUGUUAGAUACAUUUUUCUAUGUAGGUCCCACUGUGUUAGACACAUUUUUCUAUGUAGGCCCCACUGUGUUAGACACAUUUUUCUAUGUAGGCCCCACUGUGUUAGACACAUUUUUCUAUGUAGGCCCCACUGUGUUAGACACAUUUUUCUAUGUAGGCCCCACUGUGUUAGAGACAUUUUUCUAUGUAGGUCCCACUGUGUUAGACACAUUUUUCUAUGUAGCCCCACUGUGUUAGACACAUUUUUCAGUUGUGGUAUAAUGCUCAUUUCAUGCUCAAAUGUUUUUAUAUUCCAUGUGCCACAGAAGAAAGAGCUUCGUAGAAAAAAAGAACAUAGUGUCACUGUAUAUGUUUGUCUGAAGCUAUAUGAUAUGAGUAUAAUGACUGAGUGUACUGUAUGUAUUCAGCUGCUUAUCUUGAGGCCUUGCCUCAAUGCAUUUAUUUUAGACCCUCCUGAUCUGGAUAGAAUAUAUUUCACCCACAGCUUUAGCCUUCAUGAUAAUGGCAGCCACAGAUAUCAGCCUCUUCCUGUCAUACUGAGCUUUCCAACUGUCUUCAUACUGAUCAUUUCAUUGUUAUAGUUGAAGUCAAUGAACAUGUGUAUGUACCCCAUGCCAUAUUUCUUGAUAUAUUUUAUUUAACCUUUAUUUAACUAGGUAAGUCAGUUAAGAACAAAUUCUUAUUUAUAAUGACGGCCUACCCCGGACGACGGUUGGCCAAUUGUGCGCCGCCCUAUGGGACUCCCAAUCAUGGCCGGAUGUGAUACAGCCUGGAUUCAAACCAGGGACUGUAGUGACACCUCUUGCACUGAGAUGCAGUGCCUUAGACCGCUGCACCACUCGGGAGUCCUUUAUGCAUUUAUUAAAUAAAAUAACUUAUUAAAAAAAAUA